AUGUGUCUGGACCAAGUCUGUGAUCAUGUGACCGGACAUUGUUUGUCCUGUCCGGCUGGAUAUCUCGGACAAUUUUGUAACCAAACAUGUCCCACACACAGCCAUGGCUAUAGCUGCAGCCAGACUUGUAGUGAAACCUGUGGGGGAGACGAAAGCUGCAACCACACAACAGGGGCGUGUCUACAUGGCUGUGUAGAUGGGUAUCAUGGGGAGGCCUGCCAGAUGUUCUGCGACGACAACACGUUUGGAGCAAACUGCAGCUCUGCAUGUAGCCAGCACUGCAAGCACGUCAGACAACUAGCCAAUCAGCUCUGUCAUCACAUGACAGGGGCGUGUCUAGCCGGCUGUGCAGUGGGGUAUGACGGUCUACAGUGUACACAUGAAUGUCGAGAAACGUACUACGGAGUUGACUGUAAACAGAGAUGUAGCCACAGGUGUUUGAACCAAACCUGUCAUCACGUCACUGGUCAGUGUAUGGUCUGCUCUAAUGGGAUCUGUACAGAAGACUGCUCACCUACCUACUACGGCACCAAUUGUACUCAGACCUGCAGUAACAACUGUGUAAAUCGCCUGUGUGACGUCAGAACUGGCCAGUGCUCGAAAUGUCCAGAUGGAAAACAGGGAAUUUUUUGUGAAAAUGCUUGUGAUGGAACCCACUACGGCAGCAACUGCACAGAGCUCUGCAGCUCUCGUUGUGUCAACCAGUCUUGUUACCCAGAGAGUGGUCAAUGUGUCCAAUGUCCAUCUGGAUAUACAGGAGAUUUUUGUGACGACGACUGUCCAAGUGGACACUACGGAAAAGGCUGCCAACAAAACUGCAGUGAGAAGUGUGACAUAUCUUUGUGUGACCCAGUGUCAGGGGCGUGUCUGUCCUGUCCCCCGGGGAAACAAGAUACGCCCUUGUGUGAAGAAGACUGUCCCCAUCUGAGCUACGGCAAAUCGUGUAGUGAAGACUGCAGCAAGACGUGUGGGGGAGAUGGAGGCUGUGACCCCAGCACUGGCCAAUGUACACACGGGUGUAGGGAUGGCUAUCAAGGGGCCUGGUGUGACCAAUGUGAGUAG